AAGUUGCAAGAGAGGGUGUGUGUUUGCCCCACUCCUCACAUAAUAAUACAAUCUUCAAACGUUCUACAAUUCACAUCCCUCUUUCCGAAUUUCCAGAUACAUACACACAAACGUUAUGUAACUGCAAAAAUACAUCGAAACGAGAUUCCAGUAUUAGCUAUGUACUAGUCAAAGUGCGUCAUGGUGAUGGUGUGACCCCAAAAUGAUGAAAGUGAGGAAAUGGGAGAAGAAGUAUUGAAGAACACAAGAUGUGUCUUCUUCUUCUAAGGCAUUAAGAACAUCAACAAGGAGAGAAACCAUUAUAGAUUUGUAUUAUAUAUAUAGAGAGAUAGAGAAGAAAGAGAGUUAUCAAAUCCUUUUCGCUUUUUUGCAAUAAUCCAUUAAGUGAAUAAUGCCAGUCCCCCUUGCACCAUAUCCAACACCUCCGGCUCAGCCAUUGGCUCCACCAUACACUCCUCCGCCGCCUGCAAAUGGUAGUACAGGUGGACAGAGCCAGUUAGUGUGUUCAGGUUGCAGAAACCUUCUGAUGUAUCCGGUCGGAGCAACAUCUGUCUGUUGUGCCGUCUGUAACGCUGUCACGGCCGUUCCUCCGCCGGGAACGGAGAUGGCUCAGUUAGUGUGUGGAGGAUGCCAUACACUUUUAAUGUACAUUCGUGGAGCUACAAGUGUUCAAUGUUCUUGUUGUCACACCGUUAAUCUCGCCCUGGAAGCGAAUCAGGUAGCGCAUGUGAACUGCGGAAGCUGUAAGAUGCUACUAAUGUAUCAAUAUGGAGCAAAAUCUGUGAAAUGUGCCGUUUGUAGCUUUAUCACAUCUGUUGGGGGUUCGACGAGCACGACUGAUCAGAAGUUAAACAAUUAAAAGUUGGUAUGGAUGGUUUAUAUAUUGAAUUGUGAGCAAUAUAGAGGAAGAACCAAACCUUUUUUCCCUCCCAGAAGUAACUUGAAAUAUGUAAUUCGUCGAAAUUUCUGACUUUGGUCUCUUUGUUCGUUUGUAUAGAGUUGUCUCUCUUCAUUGUCUCUGUUUAAAUUACUGCUUCUUCUAUUCUUCUUUUGAGAAGAAAUUGAUUCACCAGUUUGUAAGACUGAUUCAGGAAUAAAAGCUAAACUUUUUAUGGA